AUGGCAAAGGGAAGCAAUAAAAGCAUCCGAAGCCGGAAUAAAGCCAGACUCCGGAGACGCCAACACUCUUCAGGAACCACCCGCACCGGCGAGCCCACGGUACAAACACAGCUGCUGCUGUAUGACGGAUUCCCGAACAUUAUCGUGGAACCCAGAUCUGCAGCGUUGGCUUUUGCAACGAUCGCACCAGAUCUCGAGAGCUUGUUCCUAGUGUGGACGGAUGGGUCGGUUCUAGGAAAGCUCUCAUCCCCCAGCUCAUCCCCAUCAUCCCCCUGCUCAUCAUCUCCAUCAUCCCCAUCAUCCCUACCCUCAUUGCCUAUCACAGUCGGCGCCGGUGCAUCCGCUGUCUACGAAGAUUCAUCCGAGCCUGCUGGGUGGACCUGCAGCGCGGUCCAUUUGCCGAACAUCGCAAACAUCGAGCAGGCAGAGCUACACGGUAUCGAAGCCGGCCUAAACAUUGCGUUGGAGCGAGUGAAUACAGUUCCCGAGUUUGCGAAGAAGAAGAAGAAGAUAGUCCUUUUCUCGGAUUGCCAGGGGGCCCUGCGCAGGAUCUCCGAAUACCUCAAGAGCCCAGCUGACUCGCUGUGGGAGGUAAUACCCGCGAUUUCCGAAAAGCUCGCCGCGCUCAGGCUGUUGGGCAUUGAGCUGGAGCUACGCUGGGUCCCGGCGCACCAAAAGAUCCCUGGGAAUAUGGUGGCGGAUGCUAUCGCGAAGAACGCAAUGGCGUAUACCCGUGCUGGCUCCAACAUGCAGACUGAGCUGGUGACGGGGUCGGUAGAUCCUUUCAGAAGAUCACCUGUAUUAUAA